GUCAAAAUGUCAGAAAACUCGGCCCGCCAGCUCCGCGGCGAGCUUCACUACGCCUUCACCCCCGAGCUCAUCAAGCAACGAAUGCGGUGCGCCGAGGCACGGCAAAAAUAUAACGACUCGCGCGACAUCAGCCGAAGGAAGCGCGCCGAGCUGUGGAGAGACAUCAUCAACGACACAAACCCCCUCCCCGCAAAAGCAGCAACCCAAGACCUAGACGACGACCUCUUCGCCGAAGACCCGUGGGUCGAACCGCCCUUCUACGCAGACUACGGCACCAACAUCUCCCUCGGGCAGAACGUGUUUGUCAACUUCAACGCCGUCUUCAUCGACACUUGCAGAAUCACGAUUGGUGCGCGCACGCUGCUGGCUCCCGGCGUGCAACUUUAUAGUGGUCGGCACCCGCUGGAUCCGGAGGUGAGGAAUGGGACGAAGGGGCCGGAGGAUGGGGCGGAGAUUCAUAUCGGGGAGGACUGCUGGCUGGGGGGGAAUGUGAUUGUUUUGCCUGGGGUGCGGAUUGGGGAGGGGAGUACGGUUGGGGCGGGGAGUGUGGUUACGAAGGUAUGUUAUUUUUAUUUUUUUUCUUUUCCGUUUGUUUUGGGCGGAGACUGA